AUGACUGGGAUUGGCAAGGGAGUGGAGUUCGAGGACUUGUUACCGAUGAUCGCCGGUAAGCUGGGGGGUGAGGGUCUGAUUGAUGAGCUUUGCAAGGGUUUUGAGGCGCUGAUGGACAAGGAGAAGGGGGUGAUCACCUUGGAGAGUUUGAGGAGGAACUCUGCAACGAUGGGUUUGCAGGAUCUUAAAGAGGAUGAGCUUGCGAGCAUGAUGAGGGAAGGAGAUCUGGACGGUGAUGGUGCACUCUCUCAGAUGGAGUUCUGCGUUCUGAUGUUCAGAUUGAGUCCACAGUUGAUGAAGGACUCGUGGUUUUGGUUCCAACAGGUUCUUCACCACCAACUCCACCACAGCGAUGACAAUAACGCUUCUCUUUAA